UUAAUAUUUUGACGUUUGGUAUUGAAAUACAGAGGUUUUAGCUUUUGCGCACACAGACAUGAGACCAAAGAUUUAUCUAUUCGGUGACUCCAUCACAGAGGAAUCGUUUUCCGCCGGUGGGUGGGGCGCCGCCCUCGCCCACCACUUCUCUCGAACGGCUGAUGUGGUUUUAAGGGGGUUUAGUGGGUACAACACGAGAUGGGCGAUGAAGGUGUUGGAUAAGGUGUUUCCGGCGGAGAUGAACGUCGGUAACGGCCGCGCACCGCUGGCUGUGACGGUGUUCUUUGGAGCUAACGAUGCUUGCCUUCCCGAUAGAUGCUCUGCGUUUCAACACGUGCCUAUUGAUGAAUACAGACAAAAUCUUCACGCCAUUGUCGCCUAUCUCAAGAAUCGAUGGCCUUCAACUCACGUGAUCCUCAUCACUCCUCCUCCAAUUGAUGAAGUUGCACGUCUUCUACACAGAUAUGGUGAGAUUCACUCAGAUCUACCCGAACGGACAAAUGAAGCUGCCCGAAAUUAUGCGAAAGCUUGUGUGGCCGUUGCCCGAGAAUGUGGGGCCCCGGUUGUGGAUCUUUGGUCCCGAAUGCACCAAUUUCCUGAUUGGGGCAAAGCUUAUUUGAGGGAUGGUUUGCAUCUUACUUUGGGUGGAAACAAGAUUGUUUUUGAGGAAGUGAUUGGAAAGCUGAAGGAGGUUGGGUUGAGUCUUGAAACUCUUCCCGCUGAUCUACCUUUCACAGAUGCCAUGGAUCCUAAUGAUCCAUUGAAGGUUUUUGAAGAUUAAUUUAUCAAUUUCUUCUUUCGUUUGUAACUCAUAUGUAUUCACUCAUAUUGUAUUUACAUUCUAAUGUUCAUAUUAUUCAUGUUGUUGUUCUUGGA